CACGCCAAUCGGGAACAUCGAGUCGAGUUGGGAAGUUGAACGGUAUAGGAAAUAUUUCUUCGUCCCUUCCGAAAAUAUUUCUAGAAAAGAAAUUACUUUGAGAAGAGAGUAAUAUCUUCUUUCUGUGACGACAAAAAAAAAAAAAAAAAUAAGAAAAAGAAAAAAAAAAAAAAAAAGAAAAAAAAAAUAAAACGUAUUUCUUUCGAACCUGAUCGAAUCAUCGAAAUCUUAUAUCUAUCGAAGGGAACACGAUAUAAUAAAUCGAAUAUUGUGAUAAGACAAAAUAAUAGUGUGAUUUAAUUCCUAAGAUAGUAUAUACAUAUAUAUAUAUAUAUAUAUAUAUAUAUAUAUAUAUAGACAUAUAUAUAUAUACAUAUAAAAAGAAGAUAUAAAUCGUGUCAAUUGUGAUAAAAAGAAAAGAAGAGGACAACAACGAUGAGUAACGAUAUGAGAACGAAAUGGAUUUUCGUAACUCUUCUCGCAGUUGCCGUUGCAGCACCGAAUAGAAACGUCAGAUCUUUGACGGCUCCUCCUCCUUGGCACUUGCCAUGCGGCGAAGUUAUCGAACAAGAUUCUUACGAGGAUUCACAGCAGGAAUUAGACUCGAUCUUGAGCGAUUUGAAAUUGCAGCAUCAGCUAAUGCUUCAGGAUUAUCUCAAUCGUGAUUACGAGUAUCUUUACGACCGCGUUAGGAUCGGCGUUCAUGAGCAUCAAUACAUUCCAAAUUGGGUACCCGGAAAGAAGGAUUCCAAUCAUAUCCGGAAACUCGCUGAGAGCAGUCAACAGACGAUCGUCCAUCAUUUGCCGAAACUUCAUAUGGAUCUUCAAAAAUUCGCGGUCGCCUUUGAGGAAUUGAUAGAAGACGAGACAAUUUCAAAAAUUCAAGAGUCUUUAAAAGCAACGCAAUCUUAUCUGAUGAAAAUGCUUUGCGAGGUCGAAAGCAAUAUAGCCGUACUCCCGUUUCUACGUUUGCCGCAUCGCGUUGAAAGAAAUAUCAUGAGUAGGAUCGAAAGGGAUCCAGAAGAUGACACGAGAAGGCUCGUCCGUGAUUGGGGUGUUUUACUUAAGUACAAGGACUAUCUUCACGCUUGGAGACACGUUUUUAAUUAUUAGAUAUAUAUAUAUAUAUAUAUAUAUAUAUAUAUAUAUAUAUAUAUAUAUGUGCGUAUGGACUUAAGAAGGUGAAGACGCGAAUCCCUAUGAUUCGUAACAAAGAAUAACGUUGAUAAAACGAUACGAACGUUGAUAAAAGGCGAUAUAGAUUAAUUUAGGGAUAUGUCGUGUUUUCGUGAUCGGUAUCGUUGAAUCUUUAUUAAGACGUCGCCAUUAAAAAUCGCCAUAUAAAUAAUAUUACGAAUCGUUAGGUUUUCAUAGAUUUUACAAGUAAUUUAUUUAUUUAUUAAUUU